UAAUUGCUUCCGAAGUUCCGAUCCCUCUUGUUUUUUUGUUUUUUUUUUUUCACACCCGAAUCUCUCCCCCUUCUCUCUCUCCUCCUCCCUCCGUUCCUUCUCGCCUCAAACCCUAACCAUCCCUUCCUCGUCUUCUUCCGCUGCGGCCGCGUCAGUUUAGAUUGAAUUGAUACUUGCUUAUCGGUUAGUGCGAGAUUUGGGCAUAUGGAUGGAGACGGAAAGUUGAACAUGAUGACCGCCAUCUUAGAGCCCGAGUCGGACUCAAAGGGAGGUCUUUGUGUGCUUAAAUCCGAUAGGCCGCUAUAUAGACCACCUGAGGGGAAAUCAAUUCUAGGUUUGGAUGUUCUUGCGAGCAAAAAAAGAGCGGCGGAUGGCGAUGGUGGGUUUAAAGUUCCAGCUCAAAGAGCGCCUAUCAGUUGCAUAGAUGAAGAUGAGAAGCCUAGCUCUGUGGAAAAUGCGGGAAGCGGCUCAUCCCAUGGUGAACGUGGUUAUGCUUCACGCCGCCGCUACCGCGGUACUGGUGACGAGAAAUCGCAAUCACGUUCAGAAUCUACUACAACAUUUGAUGAUGAAGGAGGUUAUUCUUCCCGUACACGAGAAGCAAAUGAUACCCCGAGGAGAGAGUCUUACACGCCUAGAAGUUCUUCAAGCUUUCGAUCUCGUAGUCCAGAUAAGUUCGAGCAGAGAGAAAAACAAGGGCACCGUAGUGAUAGAGGAUCUUAUCAUAAAAAAGAUGAGCAUGAAAGAUCCACGUCUGUGGACUAUGCUAGUAAGCGAAGUCGACAUGAGCAUGCAUCGAGGAGAACAUCAGCCAGAUCUGAGUGGGACGAUGGUCGGUGGGAAUGGGAAGAUACGCCACGUCGAGAUUUUCGGGAUUCUCGCCCUAUGUCUGGAAGGCAUCGGCCUUCGCCUUCUCCUAUGCUAGUGGCGGCUUCGCCUGAUGCGCGGUUGGUAUCUCCUUGGCUGGGUGGUCAAACGCCACGCUCUGGAGCUUCUCCUUGGGACAAUGUUGCUCCUUCUCCUACUCCAAUACGUGCCGUUGGCUCCUCUAAAGGACGUUCUGAUUCACGUUCAGGUGGAAGAUCCCAUCAACUAACUUUUCGUUCCUCAACAGGUUCUAAGGAGAGUGAAACAGGUCAAAGCUCUGUAACUGCAGAUAAAUCUUAUGAGAUCACAGAGGAAAUGAAGCAGGAAAUGGACUAUAUUGCUGAUCUUCAAUGGUAUGACAGCGAGGAGCAUAGCACAAUGCGUGAUGGUGAUAAUUCACUGUAUCUUGCUGAUGAUGCUUCUUACCAAAGGAAAGAGGCAGAGUUAGCAAAGAAGCUGACUCGCAGAGAUGGUACUCUGAUGACGCUUGCCCAAAGUAAGAAGUUAUCACAGUUGACUGCUGAUAAUGCACAGUGGGAAGACCGACAGUUGUUGAGAUCUGGAGCUGUGCGAGGAACGGAGGUGCAGAUGGAAUUUGAGGAGGAGGAUGAGCGUAAAGUAAUUCUUCUUGUUCACGACACGAAGCCUCCUUUCCUGGAUGGAAGGGUUGUCUAUACAAAACAAGCAGAACCUGUUAUGCCGCUAAAAGACCCAACCUCUGAUAUGGCAAUAAUAUCACGGAAAGGUUCUGCUUUGGUUAGGGAAAUUCAUGAAAAGCAAAGUAUGAAUAAGUCACGUCAACGCUUUUGGGAGCUAGCUGGAUCAAAACUUGGUGAUAUUUUGGGGGUUGAGAAGUCAGCUGAACAGAUUGAUGCAGAUACAGCAGCUGUAGGUGAACAAGGUGAAAUUGAUUUCAAAGAGGAUGCAAAGUUUGCACAGCACUUGAAAGAAAAAGGUGAAGCAGUCAGUGAGUUUGCGAAAACAAAAUCCCUUUCACAGCAGAGACAAUAUCUCCCUAUAUAUUCUGUGCGAGAGGAAUUAUUGCAGGUGGUUCGUGAAAAUCAAGUUGUUGUUGUAGUUGGAGAAACUGGUUCUGGGAAGACAACCCAACUGACACAGUAUCUUCAUGAAGAUGGAUAUACGUCUACUGGCGUUGUUGGUUGUACCCAACCCAGACGUGUGGCAGCCAUGAGUGUUGCGAAAAGAGUCAGCGAGGAAAUGGAGACAGAGUUGGGAGAUAAAGUAGGAUAUGCUAUUCGAUUUGAGGAUGUUACUGGUCCAAAUACCAUAAUAAAGUAUAUGACAGAUGGAGUACUCCUACGUGAAACAUUGAAGGAUGCUGAUCUUGACAAAUACCGUGUAAUUAUCAUGGAUGAAGCACAUGAAAGAUCACUGAACACCGAUGUGUUGUUUGGCAUAUUAAAAAAGGUUGUUGCUCGUCGACGGGAUUUUAAGCUUAUUGUGACGUCUGCAACUUUAAAUGCACAGAAGUUCUCCAACUUUUUUGGAAGCGUGCCUGUAUUCCAUAUCCCUGGCAGGACAUUUCCGGUGAACAUUCUAUACAGCAAGACACCUUGUGAAGACUAUGUAGAAGCCGCGGUGAAACAAGCCAUGGCCAUCCAUAUCACUAGCCCUCCCGGCGACAUCCUCAUCUUCAUGACUGGACAAGAAGAGAUCGAAGCAACCUGCUAUGCACUAGCUGAGCGUAUGGAACAACUCACCUCCUCUACCAACAAGAAUGUCCCCAAACUCUCCAUCCUACCCAUCUACUCUCAGCUUCCUGCUGACCUCCAAGCCAAGAUCUUCCAGAAAGCCGAGGAUGGUGCUCGCAAAUGCAUUGUUGCCACCAACAUUGCUGAGACCUCCCUCACUGUUGACGGAAUCUUUUACGUCAUUGAUACUGGGUAUGGUAAAAUGAAGGUCUAUAACCCUAGGAUGGGUAUGGACGCGCUACAGGUCUUUCCUGUCAGCAGGGCUGCAGCCGACCAGAGGGCGGGGCGUGCGGGACGGACAGGGCCGGGGACAUGCUACCGGCUUUACACCGACUCUGCCUACCAAAAUGAGAUGCUCCCCAACCCAGUCCCUGAGAUCCAAAGAACCAAUCUUGGAAAUGUCGUCUUGUUACUAAAAUCCCUGAAGGUCGAGAAUUUACUGGAUUUCGACUUCAUGGACCCGCCUCCGCAAGAGAACAUCCUCAACUCCAUGUACCAGUUAUGGGUAUUGGGUGCUUUGAACAAUGUCGGUGCCCUAACAGCGAUCGGGUGGAAGAUGGUGGAGUUCCCGUUGGACCCAACCCUCGCCAAAAUGUUACUAAUGGGGGAGAUGCUGGACUGCAUCAAUGAGGUGCUGACAAUAGUCUCGAUGUUAUCAGUGCCGUCUGUUUUCUUCCGGCCGAAGGAUCGUGCAGAGGAGAGUGACGCUGCGAGGGAGAAGUUCUUUGUCCCAGAAUCUGACCACCUUACCCUUUUAAACGUCUACCAACAAUGGAAGGCAAACCAAUAUCGAGGAGAUUGGUGCAACGAUCACUUUUUGCACGUAAAGGGACUUCGGAAGGCAAGAGAAGUCCGUUCUCAACUUCUUGACAUUUUGAAGUCUUUAAAGAUUCCCUUAACUUCAUGUGGGAUGGAUUGGGAUGUGGUGAGGAAGGCGAUAUGUUCCGCGUAUUUCCACAAUGCUGCGAGGUUAAAAGGUGUUGGAGAGUAUGUGAAUUGCCGGAAUGGAAUGCCUUGUCACUUACAUCCGAGUAGUGCCCUGUACGGGCUAGGGUAUACACCGGAUUAUGUCGUCUAUCACGAGCUUGUACUAACCACUAAGGAGUACAUGCAAUGUGUGACUGCAGUCGAGCCACAGUGGCUCGCGGAGUGCCCGAUGUUCUUUUCCGUGAAAGACUCGGAUACAUCAUUGCUAGAGCACAAGAAGAAGCAGAAAGAAGAGAAGACGGCCAUGGAGCAAGAGAUGGAGAGUUUGAGGAAAGAGCAAGCGGAGGCCGAGAGGAUGAGUAGGGACAGGGAGCGGGAGAAGAGGGCAAGGCAGCAGCAGCAGGUUGCAAUGCCCGGCGUUAAGAAGGGAUCAUCCACAUACCUUCGACCCAAGAAGCUGGGAUUAUAGAUGUUUUGGAGUUAAGCUGUUUGUUUCUGUUGCAUCAGCGGAAGAUCUUAAUGAGUAUAUAUUUAUAUAUCAACAUCGAUGAAGUUGCUGAUGCCGUCAGCUUUUGUUGUAUUGAAUUGUGUAGUUUUACCGGCAUUUAGAUUGAUUUUUACGGUGUUACAGGAAGUAUUAGAUAGAUCCAUCAAUUGCAGAUCGAACUAAUUGUACUUUUGGAUAUUAUGAUCCAAGCAACUUAUAUUUAUGCCAGUCUCAUAUGAAAUCAGAACAAACUCGAGCAGCAAAAAAGAAAAAAAGAAAUUUUCUGUGUUUGAAAGCUGGAUUGGAGCUUCUCUUUAGGGACUAGGAGCUCAUUUUAGCUUUCCCGAAACUACAGAAAUUUCAGAACUGUAAAUAUAGUUUUGUUUACGGAAUGUCUUCUAUUCGACGUAGUGUUAGGUAUGAUUUCGCAUUUGUGUAUUAGGUGUAAUAGAUGCUGUAUAUCUAAUUUUAAUUAUCAAAUUCCUUUUUUGGCAGUUGCCAGU